AUGCUCUCCUUUAUGGAUGGAAUUGCAAGAUACCACCAAAUCCCUGUCGCCGAAGAAGACCGAUACAAGACUGUCUUCCGCUACCCAGGGUUCGCGGGAGCGUUCGAGUAUGUUGUCAUGUCAUUCGGGGUCAAAAACGUGUGGGCAACAUAUCAGCGCGCCAUGAAUUUUAUUAUCCACGGCAUCUUAGGGAAGUUGAUUGAAGUCUAUAUCGAUGAUGUGGUGGUCAAGACCAAGAAACAGGAGCACCACAUUGGAGACCUUCGCCAGAGGGGCAUCGAGAUCCCAAAAGACAAGGCGCAGACGGUGAUAGACGCCUCGCCCCCCACAACCAAAAAGGAAUUCCAACAGUUGUUUGGGUUGCAAGCCGCGCCACUACAUGCUUGCCUUUACCACGGUGGUGAUCGCCUAGUCCGACUUGGUCAAAAAACAGUAAAAGGACAGGCAAUAGCGAACUUCUUAGCCCAUCACCCACCGUCAAAGCUCACGGAGUUUCUCGAGUUAGAAUUCGCUGCUGUUACACUCACCCCGUGGACCUUCUAUUUUGAUGGGUCGCAAACUGAUGUCGCCACAAGAGCAGGGAUCGCCAUUGAGAAUCCAGCCAGAGACCGCUUCUCCUACUCGUUCCAGCUCGAUUUUAAAUGUGUCCGCGAAGUUCAUGUCCUUGGUGACUCUCUCCUGGUCGUCAAUCAGUUGGCGGAGAAGUUCAAGUGCUUAAGUUCAUCCAUCGAGCCAUAUUUGCGUAAAGCAUUCGAGGUGUUGGAAUAG